UGCGCAGAGUAUGUGGCCGAAACUACAUCGGACUCUGGAGCUGAAGUUUCUGUCCGAAGUGAUUUAAACAUUUCGACCAUCCAGAGCUGCUCUUGUCCUCGACUCUCCACCUGCUGGGAGCUAAAUGACAAGUAGGCAGCCACUCGGAACCUUUCAGUGAUACACGGGGCACGAUGGAGAGCAAAGGAUUACUGCGCUGUAAGAUCGUGGUUGUCGGUGAUACGCAGUGUGGCAAGACGGCUCUCCUUCACGUUUUUGCCAAAGACUCGUACCCAGAGAACUAUGUUCCCACGGUGUUUGAGAACUACACAGCCAGCUUCGAGAUCGAGAAGCAGAGGAUCGAGCUCAACAUGUGGGACACUUCAGGUUCGGCCUACUACGACAAUGUGCGGCCGCUGGCUUACCCCGACUCAGACGCUGUGCUCAUCUGCUUCGACAUCAGCCGUCCGGAGACGCUGGACAGCGUGCUGAAGAAGUGGCAAGGUGAGACGCAGGAGUUCUGCCCCAACGCCAAAGUGGUGCUGGUCGGCUGCAAGCUGGACAUGAGGACGGACCUGAACGUCAUGAGAGAGCUCUCCAAACACAGACUCAUCCCCGUCACCCACGAACAGGGCACUAACUUGGCGAGGCAGAUCGGUGCCGUGGCCUACGCAGAGUGCACCUCAAAGUAUUCGGAGAACAGCGUCCGUGAUGUGUUCCACGUCACCACCCUGGCGUCCGUGUCCAGCAUCCACCGGCCUCAGCUCAAGCGAGCUGGCUCACGUCGCGGCCUCAAGCGGGUCUCCCAGCAGCCACCUCGGACUGAGAUUCACGAGCGCCCGCCCCCCAUUAGAAAGGACCGAGCCAAAAGCUGCGUGCUCAUGUAGCGGACCGGAGCCCGAAACCAGCGACCCGACCUGUGCGUGCCGAUGGGCGUGAACCAUUCUGCACAUGAACUUAAUUUAUUGGUGAAUUCUUGUCAGAUCUUUGCACUGCAUAAAGGACAAUGUGAUGAAAACAAGAAUGAAUGCUAUCCCGUGGAGUUCUUUGAGGGACUGCUUGUCCGUUUUUAGCAAAAUCCUGCUUGUUAUUUUUAUUUUUCAUUUUUUGUGGCUGUGUUCUCACCAGGGGAGGCCAUUCUAGACGCUUUUUUUUUUUUUUUCUUUAAUGCUUUUACUGGAACGAGAGGAGAAAAACAGUGUGGUUUCACAAAUGAAACACAGGACAGAAAAUAGCGAGUUUGGAGAUUAAAGAAAAAAAAAAAAACACACAUUUCAAAGAUUGUCUUGCAGGAAGCAGCAGUGCUGGUGUUGACCUCUAUUAUGUUGUUUCCUGUUUUGAAAUGCUAUUCUGUCUUCAAGUGUUUAAGUAAAUCAAGCACAACAGGAUGCAAACUGUUCUGAGAAAUCUGUAAAUGUCAGGGAAUGAACUCUGCGGUUCCACUUCAUACCAUAAAUUGAAUAGAAAAUCUGGACAGAUGAAAAAAUUACAAAAAAAACAAAAACAAACUCGUGGGCUGAGUUACGCUAAUUUUCUUAAACCACAAGUGCUUUUAAUAUCGAAAACGAAAUAAUCACUCACCACAUAAUACUGAAGUGUUGUGCAAUUAAUUGUUCUAAUCAUCAACACUGGGAAGCAAAGUCACGGAGGGAGUUAAGAGGGUGAAUAUUAUGUUGUAUAUGUAAUAAUGAAAUAAAAAAAAAAAUAAAAAACUUGCUCUGCUAAGUGUUAUAUUUGACCAUGACAUGGCCUUGAUGCUGAAUUAUUAUGCUCAGAGAAGUUAAUAAAUGGGAAAUCUUUCAUUCAUUCUA